UUAUAGUAUAUUAUUCGCAACGAGAUAUUUAAUUGUCGUCUGCGGCGGCCAUUGUCUCGCCCGCGUGAAAACGCACCGGGCCACGCGGAUGUGAUCGCCGACCCAAAGCGUCCGCCGAGUCCUUAGCGCCGUCGACUUAAAACAGUCGCGUAGCAUACGGUCCACCGUUAUUCUUCGGCCGUACGGAUUUCGCGUGACUGCGUAAAAAAAAAACGGACUCGCGUAUUUUAGCGUACAUAUCGCACUAUCGCAGGACAUCUCAUCAUUAUUAUAAGUCGUACAUAUACGUUUUGUAUAACGACUGCAGUAGAAAUACUAUUAAUUGUUGUUGUUGCUGUUGUUGCGCGGAAAAAAAAACAAUAACGCUAUUACAAUUUUUAACAUAAUAUUAUAUAGUAUACGGUUAUAAGAUGAACGACAAGUACGUCGUAUUCGGCUGGUUUGUUGUCUGGACGAUGGAAUCAUUCAUAUCGCCGAACAUUUUCGUUCACUCCGCCGACGGACCGGGCGACGAAUACACGUACACAGAUCUAUGUUUUCGGGACGACCCAAAAAUAGACGUUUGCAUCCGCAAAAGAAUUAACGACGUGGUCGAGCAAUUCCAUAAAGGUAAUGAUGAAUUUGGUUUACGUGAAUUUGAUCCAUUGCCUUUGGACAAUCCGUUACAUUUUGAACAUAAAGCUCGACUGAUUGGUGGAAAAAUUUCAGUUAAGAAUAUGAUGACUGAAGGUUUAACAACAGUAAAAUUGUUAUCGCUCAGAUCAAAACUUCAAAACCCAAAUAAAAUGGAAGUGGGAUUCACCGGGAACUUCAAAAACUUAUUAAGCUCUGGUCAAUAUCAGUUCAAAGGAUAUUUGGGACGUAUGCCGAUAAACGCCAACGGCCGAUACAACAUAACAUUCAAAAACGUCGAGACAAGCUAUGUAUUGAAGGCAAAGGUGAAAAAUAUGGAAAACAGUACGUUCGUACAGCUCGAAAGUUUUCGCUCGCAUCCGCCGAAAUUCGGUGAAAUUAAAAUCUUUGCCAGUGAUUUGGUGCCAGGAAACGCGGUGUUGAACCGAGUGGCGUUGCGGUUUGUAAAUCAGUACGCGAUACAAAUAACCGACGAACUUUAUCCGGCCGUGGGACCUGUACUCGACAACAUUCAAAUGGACAUGUGCAACAAGAUGUUGUCAAUGUAUCCCUUCGACAUUUGGCUUCCACCCACCAGAACACAUUGAUGAUUUGUUUUUUUUUUUUGUUAUCUUGGUGUAAAAGUUAGAUUUCUCAGCAUAAAGUUUGAUUUAUGUAAUAAUAAAUUAAAUUUUUCUGCCUUUACAUCAAAUUAUCAAUUUUAGGUCAGCUUUUUGGCCUCAAGAGUUUUUUCUUUUAUGUUGCGGUAGUUUUAACGAUUUUCAUCAAUUUUAUUCUUUAUUUAUUUAUUAAUUAUUUAUUGUAUUUUUUUUUUUUGUAUUUUAUCGACAUUUGUUUAAAUUUUAAAGUUUAAAACAACUUUUUUACAAUUGAUAAGUACAUAAACAAAUUAAACAAUUUUUAUUUAUUUAUUUUCCUUUUGUACAUAAACAUGAAAAAUAGUAUUUUUCCUUAGUAAGAUUUGAUAAUUUUUCAUAUUUUAACUUUAUUAACAUGUUAAAACAUAUUUUAGUGUAGUCACAUACAUUUUCAAUGAAUUAUAAGCACA